CUUUUCCUCCCCACACAUGGAAAGUCAGUUACGCGGAGAUAAUAGAAAGACUCCAAGCCCCAACGACGGUCGCUUGCUCUUUUUCUCGUCAAGCAGGGGGAGUAGUCACAGCUGUAAGGAUAAUAAGAUGCGCAUGAAUUUACAAUCUGGAAUAAAAAAGAUAAAGAGAAAAUAAAUGGACGGCUCGGUUAGUCUCAGCGCGCCUGUAAGUAAAAGUAAUGUUGGUAUUUAUUGUACGUAAGCUACGUCGCUGCGCUUUUGUUCGAGACUUGAGAAAAGUGCAGAAUAAUAAACUUGAGACUCCGCUUUCCUCAGUUGAUGGAGUUACAAAGUUUCUUCAGUCCACUCACAAUGGAAAGAAAUGAGCCCUUCGCUGACUGUGAAGGCUUCCUGUGGUCAGAGUGGAUUACUGACUUCAGUAAGGAUAAGGAUCACCACUCCAGGAUAUGAAGUUUGCUGCAGUGAUUUCUCUGCAGAAGUCUGCGGAUCGCUCAGAGACUGUUUCUCCAUCACCUGCCCGUCUAGUGAAUGAAUGUCUGGCGUGUGAGCCCAGGUGGGCGGAUAGGCUAUUACCCUCUUAAUUUGCGAGAAACAAUGUCACACUCAUAAAAAACCAUACAGUGCUGACUCACUGAUGAGGACCAGAGAUUUUCCCUACCAAAAACUUAUCCACCUCCCUCACUGAACCCUCCACUAUUCAGCGUUUCACGUCGCCAUUGGAAGAAACCCAAUGUCUGCCUCCCCUCCCCCGUCCUUACCUCGAGCCUUCCUCCACUCUCUCCAUCCGCACCACCCGUCCUUGCCGUCUGCCCCGUCCCCAUCGCCGAGUCCGCCCGGACCGCUCUACACGCGACUGUCCAACGGUAGUCACAGCGCCCCGAGCCCCACCAACUCCCGUAGCUCCUUCCAUGGGGUGUCCUUCCUGCUGCAGAUCGGACUGACCAGAGAGACGGUGAAUCUGGAGGCCAGUGACCUGUCGCUGUCUGCUGUCAAGGACCUGGUGUGCUCCAUAGUGGACCAGAAGUUCCCGGAGUGUGGCUUCUUUGGCAUGUACGACAAGAUCCUGUUGUUCCGCCACAAUCUAAAUGAUGACAACAUACUGCAGAGGCUGACGUCGGCUGAAGACAUCCACGAAGGAGACCUCAUCGAGGUGGUGCUCUCUGCUCAAGCAACAGUUGAAGACUUCCAGAUCCGACCCCAUGCCCUUUAUGUCCACUCUUACAAGGCCCCCACCUUCUGUGACUACUGCGGAGAGAUGCUGUGGGGUCUCGUUCGGCAGGGCCUUAAAUGUGAAGGGUGUGGGCUGAACUACCACAAGCGCUGCGCCUUUAAGAUCCCUAAUAACUGUACUGGUGUCAGAAAGAGGAGAUUGUCCAAUGUCUCGUUGCCUGGACCGUCCCUCUCUGUCCCCCGGCCCGCACCUGCCGAGAAUGCUGUGGUCGUCCUGGAUGAGCAGCAGAGGUCCCAUCAGGAGGCAGGGAAGCGGAUCCUGUCUUGGAGCGGCAGGCCCAUCUGGAUGGAGAAGAUGGUGCUGGGGAGGGUUAAGGUGCCACACACCUUCGCCAUCCACACCUACACUCGUCCAACUAUCUGCCAGUACUGCAAGCGUCUGCUCAAGGGUCUCUUCCGCCAGGGCAUGCAGUGUAAAGAUUGCAGAUUCAACUGCCAUAAGCGUUGUGCUUCAAAGGUACCAAGAGACUGUUUGGGGGAAGUGGACUUCAAUGGAGAGCCAGCCAGCCCUGGCCCAGACUCAGACACCACCAUGGAUACCAUGGAGGUGGACAGUAGUGACUUGGAUGGCAGCAGAGGACUGGACGACCCGGAGGAACCCUCAACCCCAGAUGAGAGGAUGUUUGACAUGGACUCCCCCUUCUUGGACAGAGAGAAGGAUGAAGAGCCCAUCAAGACUAUUAGCCCUUCCACUAGCAGCAACAUCCCUCUGAUGCGGGUGGUCCAGUCCAUCAAACACACCAAAAGGCGGAGCUCCACUGUGGUGAAAGAGGGCUGGAUGGUUCAUUAUACGAGCAGGGACAACCUGCGGAAGAGACAUUACUGGAGGCUGGACAGCAAGAGUCUGAGUCUGUUCCAGAAUGACACCGGAGCCAAGUUCUACAAAGAAAUCCCUCUGUCUGAGAUCCUCCAGGUAGAGCAGUCCAGAGACUACAGUAAUCUGGCACAGGGCAGCAAUCCUCACUGCUUUGAGAUCAUCACAGCCACCAUGGUCUACUAUGUAGGGGAGAACAACGGCAGUCACUACCACAGCCCUGCGCUGGCCGCCUCGGGAGUCGGCAUGGAGGUGGCUCAAGGUUGGGAGAAGGCGAUCAGACAAGCCCUGAUGCCUGUCACCCCACAGCCCAGCGUGGCCAGUGCUGUAGGCCAGGGCAAAGAUCAUAAAGAGCUGUCCAUCAGCAUAUCUGUGUCCAACUGCCAGAUCCAGGAGAAUGUGGAUAUUGCCUCGGUGUACCAAAUAUUCUCUGAUGAGGUGCUGGGAUCAGGCCAGUUUGGCAUUGUGUAUGGAGGCAAACACAGGAAGAGUGGCAGAGAUGUGGCCAUCAAGGUUAUUGACAAGAUGAGAUUUCCUACCAAGCAGGAGAGCCAGCUAAGGAAUGAGGUGGCCAUUUUACAGAAUCUGCAUCACCCAGGUAUCGUCAACUUGGAGUGCAUGUUUGAGACACCAGAGCGGGUGUUUGUUGUCAUGGAGAAGCUUCAUGGCGACAUGCUGGAGAUGAUCCUGUCCAGCGAGAAGAGCAAACUGCCUGAACGAAUCACCAAGUUCCUAGUCACACAGAUCCUGGUGGCCUUGAGACAUCUGCACUUCAAAAAUAUUGUUCACUGUGACUUGAAGCCUGAGAAUGUACUACUGGCCUCCGCUGAGCCCUUUCCUCAGGUAAAGCUGUGUGACUUUGGCUUCGCCCGUAUCAUCGGUGAGAAGUCUUUCCGGCGGUCGGUAGUGGGCACCCCGGCUUACCUGGCUCCAGAGGUGCUGCGCAGCAAAGGCUACAACCGCUCCUUAGACAUGUGGUCAGUGGGAGUGAUUGUGUACGUCAGCCUUAGCGGGACAUUCCCUUUUAAUGAGGACGAGGAUAUUAACGACCAGAUCCAGAAUGCUGCCUUUAUGUACCCCCCUACACCCUGGAAAGACAUCUCCGCAGAGGCCACAGAUCUGAUCAAUAAUCUUCUCCAAGUCAAGAUGAGGAAGAGGUACAGCGUUGACAAGUGUCUCAGCCAUCCUUGGUUACAGGACUACCAGACAUGGCUGGACCUCAGGGAGUUCGAGACGCGACGAGGCGAGCGCUACAUCACCCACGAGAGCGACGACGCACGCUGGGAGGAGUACGCAGACGAGCACAGUCUCGUUUACCCCAAACACUUCAUCAUGGCUCCCAAUCUGGACGACAUGGAAGAGGACCCCUAGUGGCACAGGGGGCUUACUACACCACAUGUAUUAAGGAUGAAGGAUUGUCACAGGGACUUUUCGCAUGAAGCUUUGGGAGCGGUGGAUUUUCCCUCCAAGACUGUUUGUUGUGGAAACAGAGAGAAGCCGAUCGGGUUGAGAAUUACUCCCCAGAGGCUUUAAUAGUGGGAAAACCCAACAGAAUUUGUAGCAUGAUGAACUGCUACAAGCAGUCGGCAGACGGAGAUGCGUGCCACGGAAACGCAUUAAGGAACUGUCAGGAGAGAAGAGCGCUCUCCUUCUUUUUGCACGAUAUCAAAACAUUCCACGGAUUUGCUCAAGUUUGGUUCAUUUCAAGAACAGUCCCAAGCCAAAAUACAUAAGAACUUAAUAGUUUACACACAUAAUUUUGAGUAAUAAUAUGGCUCUGUUCUUUAUGUGAGACAGAAAGAAAGAAAGAGAGCUUACCCCAGGAGUAAAGGGCACUUUUCACAAGGGAUUUACAGUCUGAGAAUAUAACACACAUACAUUUUGUUCUCAUUUCCAAACAGUUUGUGAGACUGUCCUCUGGCAUGAAACUGGAACUAUCACAUGCAUUUGUAUGUUUUUUUUAAUGUAUUUAGUAAUUGUGGUAGAUUUUUGCACUAUAUUACCAUUGAACAUAGCAAUUGAAUAGAAACACUAUUCGCUGCUACAGAGAACAUGCCCAGUCUAGGUGCAAAGUGUUAAAGAGUGAUAAUCAGAUGCUCACACAGUAUUGGCUGCUUUGUCCCAUUUAUUUUCAUCCAACAGGAGUUUAUUCAUACUUAAUACAUCAAGAGUUUGAUCUGUUAGUGGCAGCUAACAGUGUGCAGGUUUUUAAUCUACUUUCUCCUGCAGAAAGUGACCAACAGACUUGGACCAAAUACAUUGUCAAAUCUGAAACAAGCUAAACAAAAAUGAUUAAUUUCAGUAUUUCCAAGCUCUUUUUAUUUUGUGAAAUUGUGAAUUUCUUAAGCAUGAUACAAGACCAUAAGCCCAAGGUCUGUCAGUAAAAGCAAUAAUGGAGCCAAUUCUUCUAUUCAGUUUUAGGCUAAAACCAGCAAUGGACUCUAUGUUAGAGCAUCAUGUUUCUAUGUACCCUGUUUUGUACUUUGGCAGUAUUUUUGAAUGUGACUUUCCUAUUCUGGAAUAUGCUCUGUUAGUAUCUGAAGGCCAUUCUAGAUUUUACAAAGAACAAAAUAUUGGUGUCCAUUUCCUUUUGGAAGAUACUUGUGUGUAUGGACUAUUUCAACAGCCCGUUUGUCUAGAUAGUAAAAGUUUAAAUUACGACUUGGUUCACAUGGGAGUUUAUUGAGCUACAGUUUUGUAGUUAACUCUGUUGGUGUGUUUUGGGAGUACAUUCCUGUGUCCUGUUGUCCUUUUCCUGUCUUUGUUGCCGCUGGAUUGGCAGGUGUCAAUGUUUUGUAUAUUUCAGUACAUACCAAUGGAAUAAAAACCCAACCUCUUAACUGAGAAGGAAAAUGAUUUUGAUGAAGGUCUGAAUGUCUUUCUUUUCUUUCUUGUGCCAAACUUAACCUAAGAAUAGGUUUUAAAUUUGUGUGCCCCUGCAUGCAUACACACACGCAUCGAACGGUUCUUAAUUUUGUAUGUUGCAUCAUGAUGAGUGAGUGAGUGUGUAGUGGUAACACAUGUCAGAUCCCGCUCUCGGCAGCUGGAUGUGAUUGUUGCACCACACCGAGCAGUUUGCCGGGCCGCUCGUUCACCACAAGGCAGUAAUGACAUGGUUAAAGAGGGUGGUGGUGAUGUGGGGGUUUGUGGAAGACUUUGAAAUCGCUCAUGAUAAAUGCUAUCAUGGAACCCCUUCAAG